AUGGUCAUGGAACUCCGAGAGGCUAUCCACGUCUCAACAGGUGGUGAUCGAAAUCGGACUGGAACCGAGCUUGGUUUCUACCACGCCGCGGCUCUCUGGGUCGCGGUCUUCGACAUUGAUCACAUGCCUUGGGGACUGAUCAUCAUUCAGAUCAUGGUGCUCUUGGUCGAGUGUGUUCAACAAAAGAGGAAUGGAACGACGUACGCAGCUUGCGUCCUCGUAUUCUUUUUGUCCAUGAACUAUCAUGUGUCUUCUCUUCUGAAUGAAGCCUCUGGACACUCGUCUCAGGAUGCCACUUGUAAGUGA